CCACGUAGCCGCUGAGGCCGCCCCCGAGGACUCCGCCGCCGCCAGCGCCUCCGCCCCCAGCGCCGCCCCCGCCAUGGGGCCCAGCAGCUGCAGCUCCGGCAGCGCCGGCGCCGGCGACGCCAGCCCGCUCACCACCACCAGCAACAACAACAACAACAACGACGGCGAGAGCAGCAACAAGAACCCGCUGGAGGCGGGCGGCCCCGUGCAGGGCUUCUACCGCGACGCGUGCGUGCUGGUGACGGGCGCCACCGGCUUCGUGGGCAAGGCGCUGGUCGAGAAGCUGCUGCGCUGCUGCCCCGACAUCGCCACCGUCUUCCUGCUCAUCCGGCCCAAGCGCGGCCUCGACGUCGACUCGCGCCACCACGAGCUGCUCAAGCACCCGGUGUUCGAGCGCGUGCGCCAGGAGUGCCCGUCGGCGUUCCAGAAGGUGGUGAGCGUGAGCGGCGACGUGACGGAGCCGCAGCUGGGGCUGAGCGCGGCCGACCGCCAGCGCCUCGCCGCCUGCGUCAACGUCGUCUUCCACUCGGCCGCCACCGUCCGCUUCAACGAGAAGCUCAAGGCCGCCGUCACGCUCAACACGCUGGGCACGCAGCGCGUCAUCGAGCUCUGCCGCGAGAUGCGCCAGCUGCAGGCGUUUGUGCACGUGUCGACGGCAUACUCGAAUGCGGACCGGCGGGAGGUGCGCGAGGUGGUGUACCGGCCGCCGGCGGACCCCGCGCGCGUCAUCCAGUGCUGCGACGCGCUCAGCGACGACGCACUCGACGUCGUGUCGCAGCACCUGCAGGGCCGCCACCCCAACACCUACACGCUGACCAAGGCCAUGGCCGAGUGGGUCGUCGCAGAGCACGCGGGCGAGAUACCUGCAGCCAUCGUCCGGCCGUCCAUCGUUACAGCAGCUUGGCGUGAACCUUUCCCUGGAUGGGUUGACAAUGUCUGUGGCAUCACAGGAAUCAUGAUGGAGAUCGGACGCGGCACCAUUCGCAGCAUCAUAUGUGACCAGACACUUAUUAUGGACCUGAUACCUGUCGACUACGUUGUCAACACACUGAUCGCUGUUGCUUGGCACACAGCGACAUACAGACCCAACACAGUCAGAGUCUACAACUGCACAUCAGGAAUGAGGAACCCUGUCCAGUGGGCUGAGUUUGGAAGGCUGACACAGAAACACGCCUGCACAUCACCUACAAGACACGUUAUGUGGUACCCUGGAUUUACCUUCAGAACAAACAGGCUGAUGCACAAGAUAUGUGAGGCACUUUUCCAUAUUGUGCCUGCCUUUGUUGUCGACAUGGUUCUGCGACUACAAGGAGCCAAACCAAUCAUGAUGAAGAUUUCGAAGCGAUUUCAAAUGGCUGCUAAGACUGGUGAAUUUUUUGCCCUGCACGAGUGGAAAUUUCAUAGUGAUAAUUUGAUGGCAUUAAUGGAAGACGCCCAGGACAAAGCAUUAUUUGAUGUGGACAUUUCUGAGCUAGAUUGGGACCAAUAUGUCAAACAGUAUAUGCUAGGAAUAAGGAAAUUUAUCCUGAAAGAUUCUGCAGACACUAUACCUGGAGCACGGCGAAAACUUCAGAAGUUGUACUGGGCUCAUCGCAUUACUCAGGUGCUAACUUUUGUGUUUCUGCUGAAGAUUGUUAAACUGAGGUGAUUGUAAGGCACUUUACAAGUUAUCAGUGACAAUGAAUAAUCCUGGUUGUUACUUGCAAAGUUUGCAAAACUUGUCUACAAGGAACACUGCGUAUUUUGUCUUUUUCGGAUGAUGUUCCAGGACAUGUAAUACUGAGGAAAAUUCUGUUAAACUAGAAUGUGAGUGAAGGAUAUGCACAUUCAAAGAAGGCCAGUUGCAUUUCUGACAGGAAAUAGUCGUGGAAUUCUGAAUUCUCUGGUUGUUUUGCUAAAAUAUAUUUUAAAUGCUCUGGUUAUCAGACCAGUUUUGUAUGAAAUAGAAACAAAAUUCUAGGCCAAUCACUCUCAGUGAAAUAAAAAUUGUGGUUUUUAUUCUCAUUUAUUAUGCUGCAAAGUGUAUUUUUGCACAGGGAGGAUUCCUCAGUAUGUCAACAUAAAAAAUCAGAAUGUGACAGCCCAACCCUCAGUUUUCAACAAACAAUGUGUCUGUAAGAGCUGUGCCCUUCCAGAGGUAGUCAUUGGAAAAUUUAAAAAAAAUCUUUUGAAGAUUAAAUAGGAUGUACUGUCUAAAAAGUGCUUAGUUUUAUUUUGUGUUACUCUAUAAAUCUGUGUGUGCUUCUUUUAGGUUUAUACAUUUUGUCUUACAAUUGUGUACUGAAAAUAUAAAAUAAAAGUUGUAUAAACAUGUAUCCAAUUGGAGAGGAAUAUUAUCAUGAAUGAGCAUUUCUGAUGAUUCUUAUUGUAACAUUAUGUGUUUUGGGAGAACAGCAGGUGAGAUGGACACAGCAAGAAAUAAGGAAAUAAAGCUGUCAUUGUUCAAAUCCGUCCCAGGUUUUAUCAUAAAUGGGAAAUGGUGGAAGGCAGAUUUUUGUCGUACAGUGAACUCCAGUAGCGUGUAUUUUGUGCAUAUACACUUCAUUCGGACCUGUAAUUAAGCCUAUAUAACCUGUACUGCUUGAAGUUUUCAUUGGCAUAAUUAAUAUGACAUCCAAGAUGCAGCAAAAUAACUGUGAUGUGUUCACUGUUAUUUUGAUUUUCUGAGUUCCUCACUCUUUUUCCAUACUUCUUUUUCUGUAUAUUGACAUAUCACUUUUGUAAGUACUUAAAUGCUACAAUUAUGAUUAAUGCUCAGAGUAUAAGAAGUUCAGUAAUUGAUACUAUAAUGGUGAGAAACUAUUUUGUGUUGAGUGUAUUAAAUUUUUCUAAAAAGCAGUCAGUAUAACACAACAAAAGUUGAUUGACUCAUGAUAAUUACUGAUUAACCACAAAUAAUACAUCUCUGUUACAUUUUCAUGUUAUUUUUGCCUCAUGAUUUGACAGAAUGGUGAUCUUAUGUGUCAGGAAAAAGCAGACACUUUCUGUACAACUGUACAGGCCAGUGCUGGUUGAUAUUUGUGGUUUGGUGAAAUAAAUACUGUAGUUAUGCAGGUAGUUAUAAAUGCAUUUUUAGCAUUCAGGGUGAAAUAGUUAGGAGCUGUAGAAUGAGCAUCCUUUCACUUCACUUUCAGGAGCUGAAGCCUGUAGUAUGACAAUGAAAAAAAAAAUCAUAAAACUGCAAGCAGGUGGAUUUUCAAUAUCUCACCUGUUACGAGUUUGCUAUGUAAGCGAUCAAGAAAAGUUUUACAGUGUAUAUUGCUGACUGGAUAGGCCAUUAGACUAUUUUCUUCCUCGUAUUUGCAGAAUUUUCUGGUGAAAAUUUAUAUUUUUAGUAAUGACAGUAAGAUGAACAUGACACUGGCACAGGGGGUUUCAGUAAAUACAAUGACUGACAUGUGGAAAGUCCCACACAAAAAGGACCUAUGUGUGUCCUAGUGCCUCUUCAUUAAAUAAGUCUCUUUGAAGCUUAUAUAAAAUGAUGUACAGUAUAUAACUUUCAGUUAUUUAUAAUUCUUCAAUAAUUGGUAUAUUUGAAAUGUGAUGUGCCUUUCUCCUAUAUGCUCUUUCAUGUAUGCACAUUUAGCUGUUGUUAUGAAAAAUUUUCUCUAAUUGUUGAGAUAGUAAGCUGUUGACAACUAAUUGUUUCUGUACAAUAUUUGAAAAUAUAUUUCCAUUGGCAAAGAUUACUGUUCCAUACAUGGUUAUUAAGCUAUAUCUUACACUUGUAAUAACUUUUAAAUUUGUGAUUUGUUGUCAUGGACCGUAUUCAGUUACCAUGAGCUGUAUGGAAAAUAGUGUGCAGUCAGGCUUUCAAGUUCUGUAUGAUAUUUGACCAUUAAUAUUUGUUACCUCCAUUUUCAACAUAAUAAAAAAUUUUAUAUGCCUUUUUAGUAAGAUCUGUAUAAUGUAAAAUUAGUAUAUUUUUACAUUAGAUGAGCAACAUUACAGUGAAGAAAGAAUAUUCAUUUUUUAUUAAAACCAAAUGCUAUGACAUAUUUUACAUAUAAUUAAAUUUGAUUUGGUAAUUUUUUAAUUUCAUAAAUAGAAUUGGAUCAAUGUUUAGUUCUUUCUUCAGAAGUCAGUGGCUACUUAAUUAAUCACCAGAAUAAAAUAUUAUAUGUUCUCCAGGAUUGUUGAGCACGUUAUUGGAUGCAAUAACAUGCAUAAAGCAAAAUUUCAUUUCACACUGAGAAUGAUACUGAUUGAAACAUUACAUGCGCUGUAUUGUAAGUGAUCUGGCCAGAAAGUGAUAUAAUAGAACAUGUCCAUAUUCUUACAGAGUGUAUAAUUCUGUCUCAAAAAAGUGAAGAAAUUGUUGACUGGUAAUUCACCACUGCACAAAAAUACAAAUAUUUCAUUUUUAUGGCACUAUGAAGUGUGUGUCUAUCGCCAACAGAAAUUUUCUGCAUAUUUAAAUAUUUAACCCAUUCACUUUUAAAGCAGUUAUUGACCAAUAAGUGUUUAUAAGGGUCUGCUAAGAGGUAAUAAAAGUAUCUGUAGUGUACACAUUUGAGUGGUCAAUGUACAUUUACUCAUUAAUUUGAUCAGGCAUUGCAGUUGUGCUAUGGUCACUAAGAAUGCUAAUAUUUAUGAUGACAUAUGUUCUUCAGAGAAAGUUUGAAAAUCUUACUGCUGAUUAUAUUUUACUGUUCUAACAUGGAAGACUGCAGAUGAACACAUGGCAUCUGUGUGUGUGUGUGUGUGUGUGUGUGUGUGUGUGUGUGUGUGUGU